AUGCCUCGAGAGCAGUCGGAAGAGGCGCAAUGGUGGUAUCAUACAGUCUACUCUGCGGUUCAGAAGAUCCCUUAUGGUAAAUGUACCAGUUACGGCCACCUCGCUCUCCUGGUGGGGUUUCCACGUCGAGCCCGUCAAGUGGGAGUCUGUCUCAAGCAUUUGCCUGCCUAUGACCCUAACGAUCCCGAGAAGUUCUUCUUCCACGAUGAAAACGUUCCAUGGCAGCGGGUGGUCAAUUCAAAAGGCGGGAUUAGUCCUCGUGGGGAUGAUGGAGCCGCAGCGAACCGACAAGCAGAGAAAUUACGAGAAGAAGGAGUAGAAGUGAAUGAUGCUAGAGGGAUUGAGGAGAUGACGGUGGAUUUUGGAAGGUUUGGGUGGUUCCCACAGAGGCUUCCUGGAGAAGAGAGUGAGGAUGACGACGAACAAAAUGAUGGAUCAGUCGAGAGCUGA